AGCUUCCCCGCUGCUGUCGCUGGUGCUGCUGCUCGCGGCCGCCGGCGCCGCCGCCGCCAUCUCCAUGGACCCAGAGGCGACGCGGCAGCUGACGGAGGUCGUGAAGAGCGACAACCUGGUGAUCAGCCUGAAGCACAUACGCCCCCGCAAGAGGUCGCGCGGUUCCAUUGAGACGCUGCUAGCCGUGGACUUCCCAGGCUCCAUGCAGAAGUUCGUGCUGCUGCUCGACCGCCGGGCCAAGCGUGUGGUGGUGGAGACCGUGGAGGACGGGCGCGCGCGCUCGCAGCACCUGACGGUGGACGCGCUCAGCGAGGGCGCCAUCCUGCGCUCUGUGGUGCUCGACGUGCAGCAGCGCCAGCCCGGCGCGCACGUCGCCCUCUUCGUCGACUGCGUCUCGCUGGGCAUCGUCUCCACGCCGCGCAGCCUCAGGGACAUGUUCGAGCGCAGCCCGCGUCUCGCCGUCUUCCGGGAGCGGCGCUACGUGCUGGAGGUGGACGACAGCAUGGGCCUGCGCUCGGCGCUCAACCGCAACAACUGCCCCGAGCAGCAGGCCUCCAACAUCAUGCAGGCCAUCCAGCCGGUGCCCAACGACAUCACGCCCAACAUCAUACGACGCAGUGACAUUCCAAUAUCGCACUGUGAUGACAGAGCAAUUGUUGAAACACUUACCGAACUCGCAACGCUAAUUAAGAAGCUUAGAGACGAAAUCGAGCGGCAGCGGACGGAAAUCCAGUACCUGCGGAGCUUGUUGGAGCACUGCGACAUCUGCCAACGCUCGGCCAAGCUGCGGGAGACGUGCGCCAGCAACCCACAGGCGUGCUUUCCGGGCGUGCAGUGCUACGACACGGAGGAGGGCGUGCGCUGCGGUCGCUGCCCCUCUGGCUACGUCGGUGAUGGACGCUCCUGCAAGCCUGGCGUCACCUGCGACCAGAACCCCUGCUACCCAGGUGUUCAAUGUGUAGACACAGUAGAGGGUUUCCGGUGCGGCUCAUGUCCACGAGGCUACACAGGUGAUGGUCAGAGAUGCAAACCUCGGGGAAGCUGUGAUUCAAACCCCUGUCAUCCAGGUGUGCAUUGUGUCAACUGGGAAGAGCCUCCAUACUUCCGUUGUGGAGCAUGCCCAGUGGGUCUCACUGGUAAUGGAAGUUUGUGUGUGGAUGUUGAUGAGUGUGACCUGGCAGAACCAUGUGAUCCGCAUGCCAGGUGCUACAACCUACCUGGAGGUUUCCGCUGUGGUCCUUGCCCGAAAGGCAUGACUGGAAGUGCUGGCUGGGAAGGCUUUGGACUGGAUGAAGCAUACCAACGGCGACAGCGCUGUGUGGACAUUGAUGAAUGUGCAGAUGGUAACAAUGGUGGUUGUGUACCCAAUUCUGUCUGCACUAACACACAGGGCUCCUUCCAGUGUGGGGAAUGCAAUCCAGGUUAUAUAGGAAACCAGACAAUGGGCUGUCACCUAGCCCCUGGUGUAUGUCCUGAUUCCACAAGGUGUGAUGCGAAUGCAGACUGCGUGAAGCGCAGUAAUGGCUAUGAAUGUGAGUGUAAGAUAGGAUGGGCUGGAGAUGGGUAUGUGUGUGGCCCUGAUGCUGAUCUUGAUAGAUGGCCAGAUUAUGACCUUGGUUGCCCAGAUUCCAGGUGCCGAAAGGACAAUUGUGUUGGCAUUCCUAACUCUGGUCAAGAAGAUGCAGAUCGUGAUGGUGAAGGAGACAUAUGUGAUAGAGAUGCUGACAAUGACGGCAUUCCAAACAGCCCUGACAACUGUCCACUGGUCUCAAAUCCCAACCAGGAAGAUUCUGAAGAAAAUGGUGGUGACAAGCAGGGCGAUGCUUGUGAUAACUGUCCCACAAUUCCAAACUAUGACCAAGAAGAUGUGGACAAAGAUGGCAUUGGUGAUGCUUGUGAUGCUGAUAUGGAUAAUGAUGGUAUACCAAACCAGUAUGAUAACUGUCCCAGGAAAGCAAACUCAGACCAAAGGGAUUCAGAUAGUGAUGGCAUUGGUGACGUGUGUGACAACUGCCCUAAAAUCCCAAAUGAAGAUCAGAUGGAUGCUGACAAAGAUCUUGUUGGUGAUGUGUGUGACAGUGAUAUAGAUAGAGACAGAGAUGGUAUUCAAGACAAUGUGGACAAUUGCCCUAAGAUACCAAACAGUGAUCAACUAGACACAGAUGGAGAUGGCCGAGGAGACGAAUGCGAUCCUGACAAAGAUGAUGAUGGAAUCCCCAACAAUGAAGACAACUGCCCUCUGGUUCCAAACAGAAAUCAGGAAGAUCUUGACAAAAAUGGCAUUGGAGAUAUCUGUCAAGAUGACUUUGAUAAUGACAGUGUUCCUAACUACUUAGAUAACUGCCCAAAUAACUCAAAAAUAUAUUCAACUGAUUUCAGGACAUAUCAAACAGUGGUUCUGGACCCUGAAGGUGACUCACAAAUAGAUCCAAACUGGGUAAUAUAUAAUAAAGGUGCAGAAAUUGUACAAACAAUGAACAGUGAUCCUGGACUAGCUGUAGGAUUUGAUGAAUUUGGCGGAGUAGAUUUUGAAGGAACAUUCUUCAUUGACACAGAAAUAGAUGAUGAUUAUGUUGGAUUCAUUUUCAGUUAUCAGAACAAUCACAAAUUUUAUGCAGUCAUGUGGAAGAAGAAUACACAGACAUAUUGGCAAGCUACACCGUUCCGAGCGGUUGCGGAACCAGGUAUUCAGCUGAAACUGGUCGAUUCCAGCACAGGACCAGGACAGAUGCUGAGGAACUCACUCUGGCAUACAGGAGACACAGAAAAUCAGGUGAAGUUAUUGUGGAAAGAUCCAAGAAAUGUUGGUUGGAAAGAGAAAGUAGCAUAUCGCUGGCUGCUGCUUCACCGUCCACGAAUAGGACUCAUCCGUCUUCGUAUAUUUGAAGGAGAGCAUAUGGUAGCAGACUCUGGAAACAUCUACGACUCAUCUCUAAAGGGUGGAAGACUAGGAGUUUUCUGCUUCUCUCAAGAAAUGAUAAUAUGGUCAGAUCUCGUGUACAGAUGCAAUGAUAAUGUACCAGAGGCAAUAUACAGGGAACUGCCACCACGACUCCGACAAGAAGUCCAUGUUGAUACGAGCAGGCCACCCCAAACAUGAAGAAAUAGUGUGAAAUUGUGAGAUGACUGUUUCAUGAGAAAUAGUGCUUCAAACAUGAGAAACAUAAGAUUUUUCAGAGUAUUUUCAUGAGAAAUAGUGCUUCAAACAUGAGAAACAUAAGAUUUUUCAGAGUAUGGAGUCAAAUAAUUGUUUUGUGUGCAAUGUGCUCCAGAUGAACUCUUUGACAGUGUUGUAAAUGAAGCACAGGAAUGAAGUGAUUAAGCAACGCACAUCCAUUGCCAAAUACUGAUGGGACUGUUACAGUGACAAGGUUCCAUGAACUAACAUCAGUAAUGAAAAAAAUUCUUCCAUUUACUGACACAUAAUAACGUGGAACAUUCAUUAUAAAAAGAAAAAAUAGUUUUGUGGAAGAAACAUUAAAUUGUUACUAAUAGCUCAUAUUUAACUCUGAAACCCUACAGGUAUUUCUCGUGGGUAAUUUAUUGUCAUGAUUUUAAAAUGGAGCAUAUCUGCAGAAAAAUUAGUGAAUGAUGUACAUGUGAUAAAUCAAACAUAGUGUGCAUUAACGCCUUUUUAAGGUCUUUAUAUCUUUUCUAUAAAACUUUAUUCCAUCCA